UAUAUGCCAAUAAGCCUAUAUUGCUAUGUGAUACCAUUUUUAUGUAGCACCUAACUCAAGAAGCAAAGCUCAAAGAUACAAACAAAUCAGCAAUUUCAGAAGAAUAAACACAGCCUUGCCAUGGCUGAAGAGUUUCAAGAUAGGAUUUGUGGUGAAAACUGGUGGAAUAUUGAGUCAACAAGAAGCUGUUCCGUGGCAGCUAACGAUGUAGUAGACUAUAGCACUUGGCAAACAGAUAUCAUGGAUUUGAAGGCAACGAGGUCUUCUGCUGAAGACACUAAUAAUUUGGUUUCUGAUAGUUACAUGGGUUUUGUUGAUGCACAGAAGCCACACAAGAGUGAAUCAGCCAGCGGAAGUGGUAGCAUAUUGAUAGAUUCCACCUUACAAAUGAUGGGUUUUGGCCUUUCAUCUUCAACUACAACGAAUUUGAAUCGGCCUCUGUUUCGUUGCAAUAAUGGAAGGCCAGAGAGCAAUUUCCAUUCCAUGCUUCAAGAAGAAACGGAUAUUAAUUCUUCCAAUUCACAAAUUCAAAGGGAUUGGAGUACUCCAAAGAGCUUCUCCUCUGGUAAUGGAAGCCAAGUUUCCACCAUUGACACUUCCAAGCCAAUGAACCAAGAAUUUUCCUUUGGGUUAUCAGAUCGAGAUUUCCCAAUUGGAUUAGCCUCAUAUGGUUGCCCUUCAACGUUGAAACAAAGCUUACAUGAUCCUGAUCCUCAACCUCAUCCACAACCACAACACUCGCUUUUCACCAACCGUUCCAUGUCCUAUUCAUCUAAAGCAAAUUAUGGGACACCCUCCAAUGAACUAUUGCCAAUAUGGUCUAAAGUCUCUUCCUUUUUGAAGCCUUUACCAAUGGCAAAGCAGCAUCCUAUUGGAUUGCACUUUUCCAACAAUACCCCUUUCUGGAAUCCUUCAGCCGAGGCACUUACCGACAUAAGAGCAGGUGCUUUUGCUCCAUCACAAUCACAAUAUCAAACACCAACUUUUGAAGAGAAACCCAAUUGCUCAAGUACUCUAUUAAACAAGCUCAAGAGUGAAGAAAAAAUGGACUUGGUAUCAAUGGUGAAGAAAAGUGUUUGUGAACCUGAAUCAAAAAGGCCAAGAAUGGAAACUCCAUCCCCAUUGCCAACUUUCAAGGUUCGGAAAGAGAAGCUAGGGGACCGUGUCACUGCUCUUCAGCAAUUGGUAUCACCUUUCGGAAAGACCGACACAGCAUCUGUUCUACACGAGGCCAAUGAGUACAUCAAGUUCCUUCAUGAUCAAGUCAGCGUUUUGAGCAGUCCAUAUAUAAAAAAUGGAGCCCCCAUUCAACAGGGCUGUGAUGAUCUGAGAGAAUCAGAAGGGCCAAAACAAGAUUUAAGAAGCCGAGGGCUGUGCUUGGUUCCGACUUCAAACACAUUUCCGGUGGCUUCAGAAACCACUACUGAUUUCUGGAAACCUACAUUCGGAGGCGCACUCCUAAGGUAAAGGAAAUGAAGAAGCCAAAUAGACUCAGCCAAUGGAAAGUGAUUACGUAUUAUUAAAUGUUUGAACUUGUAAAAGGAGGAAGAACGAAGCAUAUGUGAAGCCGCAGUUGGUGAAGAGAAAAGCUGAAGAAAACAAAAGAGAAAAAGAAGGAAAAGUGAUAAAAGAAACAAAGUGACCAAAGAUGGACAGGGAAUGCUGGGCCAGGCAUGCACAAGCACAAUGAUGUAGGCUAGCAAAUGAUUAUUGACCACUGGAAAGAGAAAGUAUAUAACAGAGGUAGGAACAAGUACUAAAUUCAGUGAAAUUUGAUAUAAAGAUUAAUAACCACAAAUGUUAGUAAAUUAAGGUCGGUGGCGGGGGUAGGAACUAGCUGUACUAAAUUCAGUGACAUUUGACAAUAUUAGAUUAUAGAUAAUUUGUUGUUGUUGUUAGAGAAAAUAUAUGGCAGAGUUUAGCGGA